AGCAUAAAUACCGGGACGGCUUUGCGGAGCAGAGGCAGCUCGAGACUCCAUUAACGCACGAGAAGAAGCACAGAGGCCGGCAGUGAAGAAGCGCUUCCUGGAGGGAGAGAGCGCCUCUUUGUAGACAACGGAGACCGAGUUCCUUUCAGGGCUCAGAGGGAUCUCAAGCUUGAGGUGGGGGCAACAAUGGGGGCUGGAGGGAGAAUGUCCGUGCCGAGCAAGAUCGAUGAAGGAGGCCACAAGAAGGCCGAGCCCAUUCCAAGAGUGCCUCACGCGAAGCCUCCGUUCACCCUUGGCGAGAUCAAGAAGGCGGUCCCGCCUCACUGCUUCAAGCGCUCCCUCGCCCGCUCCUUCUCCUACGUCGUCUCCGACCUCGCGCUGGUCUUUGUCUUCUACCGCAUCGCCACCUCCUAUUUCCACCUCCUCCCAUCCCCGCUCGCCUAUCUUGCCUGGCCGGUCUACUGGGCCUGCCAGGGCUGCGUCCUCACUGGCGUCUGGGUCAUAGCCCACGAGUGCGGCCACCAUGCCUUCAGUGACUACCAAUGGGUGGAUGACACCGUCGGCCUCAUCCUCCACUCGGCACUGUUGGUCCCCUACUUCUCGUGGAAGUACAGCCACCGCCGCCACCAUUCCAACACGGGCUCGCUCGAGCGCGACGAGGUCUUCGUCCCCAAACCCAAGGCUGCGAUGCCGUGGUUUUCAAAGUACCUAAACAAUCCGCCGGGCCGGUUCGUCACCCUUGUAGUCACGCUCACUCUCGGCUGGCCCUUGUACUUGGCUUUUAACGUAUCGGGCCGGCCCUAUGAUCGUUUUGCAUGCCACUACGACCCAUUUGGCCCCAUCUACUCGGACCGGGAGAGGCUCCAGAUAUACAUCUCCGAUGCGGGGAUCAUGGCGGUGACUUAUGUGCUCUACCGCGUUGUGGCAGCAAAGGGCCUGGCUUGGCUCGUCUGCAUGUACGGCGUCCCGUUGCUCGUGGUCAACGCGUUCCUCGUGAUGAUCACGUACCUGCAGCACACCCACCCGGCGUUGCCGCACUACGACUCAUCGGAGUGGGAUUGGUUGAGGGGGGCUUUGGCGACGGUGGACAGGGACUAUGGGGUGCUCAACAAGGUGUUCCACAACAUCACCGACACACAUGUGGCCCACCAUCUGUUCUCCACGAUGCCUCACUAUCAUGCGAUGGAGGCGACAAAGGCGAUCAAGCCGAUCCUGGGGGAGUAUUACCAGUUCGACGGCAUGCCGGUCCACAAGGCGAUAUGGCGGGAGGCGAGGGAGUGUCUCUACGUGGAGCCGGAUGAAGGUAGCGAGAGCAAGGGCAUCUUCUGGUACAAGAACAAGUUCUGAGACUCGUUGCUUUGUUUUGUGACGAAGGGUCUUAGAAGGAAAGCAAUGUGUAGCUUCAGUGCGUGAUGUCAAAACGUGCU